GCCCGACCACCUCAUCAGCAUCAUCAGCGAUUGCAUUGUUGCAUUGCAUUGUUUCAUAACAAUUCAAGGACUUCAGGGCAAUAUUUCGGCGUUAUUCAAGUUUGAGCCGUUUCAGGAGUAGUCAUGGAGAAGCUGAAUGAUGCUCUGGUGAAGAUGAGGCUCCGUCGUAUCACCAAAGAAAACAUUUUGUAUUUUUACUAUCCAAUGAAAGGGGCGACAUGCUAUGUCGCUUUUGCUGGACAUGUGAUGCAUCCUGCCAUCCUUAGCUCUUGGCCGCUGCUGCCGCGCUCCAUUCCUGCCUCAAACGUGGCCCUCCUGCAUGCCAACGUGGGUCUGGCGCUCUACCUGUAUGGCAGCCGCCAUCUGAGGCACCAGCACAUCUGCAAGAGACUUACCUUCAGCUUGUUCGGUUCCCUGGUGUUCAACAUGGGCUCUGUGCUGCUGUUCGCCAUCCUGCGCCAGGCCACGCCCGAGUGCGCCACUUUCCGCGCCAUUGUCGGCAUGACCACUGCCACCGGACUGCUGUUCGUGGGCAAGAGCUACGUGGAUCUCCUGGACCGGCAGGCUGUGCUGCACGACAAUGAGUAGUGCUGCCAUCUGGCGGUGCCACACUAGCGACAUCUGUGGGCGGUAUUGGAAACUGUGGCGCUGGACGGUUUAUAGCUGCGUUUGGUGUAAGCUAUUGCAGUCAGUGUGGAGGAAACGAUGAAGAGAAUAGUUGUGCUGGCACGAUUGCUUUCAUUUUACAAUGCCGAUUAUGAAUGUCAUACGAACCUGGCAAGCCAGGAGCUAAGCGAUACACUGUGUUGUUUUGCAAAAGCCAGUACGAGUGAACUGAGCAUAUAAUGGGCCCUUUUUCGGUGUGAUGCCUAAACUGCUCAAUAGUAUGUUCGGAAUCGUCAAUUUUCGUUGUUAUUCCCGUUUCCUUCAUGAGUUUGGUUUAAGUAACCUAUAAACUGGCCGUCCUAUUAUAUAAUUGCAUUAUUAAGGAUUUUUUAAACACCGCAGAAUGUGGAGGUCUCAUGUGGGUACUGGGUACGCGGUCAGUGCGAAACCUGACCGAAGUAUCCAAGCGGCAUUACAGCUAUUUAAUUGAUUUUGAAAUGUGCCGGUGUCUGUAUGUGCAGUUCUCGCCGUGUUAGUCAUGAUACUGAAUUUCAGCACCGAGUUGAGGAUAUUCGAGGGAUUGUUUUUGUGAAUGUCUGAUGGAUCCAACAUCCCUAGAUAUUGCGACAUUUGUACUUACCCGUGCGUAAUGUCGCCAGAUCCGCCGUGGUUGGUUUGUACAUUGCUUGUGUAUAUAAGGAGUCGACUGUAUUGAAGUGCAAUUUCGUGCUAAUACAGUCGCUCAGAUACCUUU